UAAUCUAUGGCCAUAGUGACACUCGCGCGAGAUUAGGAUUGUUAUUUAAAACAUUAUAGUUUAAUAAGUAUUUAUCUAUUAUAUUGUUUACUGAAUACUAGAAAAUAGAUCCUUAAAUCAAAAAUUGUAUAUGUAUUUCCUGAAAUAAUUUUUUUUUUAAUAAAAUGACUACAACAGUUAAUGUUACUCAAAAAAAGAACACAAAUUCUAACGCCCCACCUGGUGGGGUUCGUAAAAAAUCAGGACCAAAGUUCGAACUAUCUGAGGAACAGAGACGGGAUAUCAAAGAAGCUUUUGAUUUAUUUGAUACUGAGAAUACAGGAAAAAUAGAUACAAAAGAGCUAAAAGUUGCAAUACGCGCACUAGGUUUUGAACCGAAAAAGGAGGAAAUCAAAAAAAUGAUCGCAGAAAUUGAUAAGGGUGAUGGCAAAGUCUCCUUUGACGAUUUCUUAGAUUUGAUGACUGUUAAAAUGGCUGAAAAGGAUACAAAAGAAGAAAUUAUGAAGGCUUUUAAAUUAUUUGAUGAUGAUGAGACAGGUAAAAUUUCAUUUAAAAACUUAAAAAGAGUGGCCCGAGAGUUAGGAGAAAAUUUAACAGAUGAAGAAUUGCAUGAAAUGAUUGAUGAAGCGGAUAGAGAUGGCGACGGGGAAAUAAACCAGGAAGAAUUCUUACGUAUAAUGAAAAAAACUAGCCUAUAUUGAUACAGAUAUAUAUUUAUUGAAGUUUGCACCAUAUUUUACAAUGUUCAUAUCUGGAUUAUUUCUACUUGAUACAAAAUAUUGUUUUGGGUAUGAUGUAAUAUUAAAAUAAGUAAAUAUUUUCUUUGCUGUGUUGCACAAAGUAGAAGAAUAUUUGAAAAAGCAUGUAGCUCUAUUCUAAAUCAGACCUACAUAAAGUAUAUUGUUAUACAAUUGAGGAAAUCAUAAUAUUAUCUGUUAUUUUCUUAAAAUACUAUUACAAUCUUGUUUUAUUUAAAAGAAUACAAAUUUUCGCAAUUUUUCACAAUAUGUAUUAUUACUUUAAUUUAGUACAUAUUAAACUUUUGUGUUGUCAAAAUUAACAAGAUUGCUAACAGUAAAUUUAAUAUAUAAUGUAUUAAAUAGUUUGUUUAUGCUGAUAUAUUUUAAUUGUGCUUAUGCUUAAAUAAGAUGUAGCCUCUUGAUAAUGUAGAGCUAGAAUUUUCAUAAAGGACGGUUAUUAUAUCAGAUCUCAUAUCAGUAUAUAACAAAAGUAUAUUACUUAAAAAUCAGAUCUAGGCUGUUGGUGUGCACACUAAAUAAUAUCUGAUAAACACACAAAAUGACAUUGUAUGGUUGUAAAAAUGAAUUAAUGGAUUCAUAAACAUUCUUACUGCCCUUUACAUAAAUAAAUGUUUUUAAAACUUUAUAUUAUCUAGGCUUGUGUGAAAAUAAGCGGACUGUGACUCACUUGAUCGAAUAUUUGAUAAUCUUUUAGGAGCUAAGAUUUAAAAAAGUUCAUUAUUUGUGCAUAAAAGUGGUAAAGUAGCUAUCUUUUUAAAAAAAGCUAUUAUUAAUUACAAGUAUCAGUUAUAUUUAUAGGAUGUUCACAAAAGUCAUUAUUUUAAGUGAAUUUUAUACCGAUGUGUCUGAUAUGUACAAAAUUCUACACCUAUUAAUUGUUAAACAUUGUUUUGUUGAGCAUUUAAUUAUUUAAUUAUUGUAACUGAGUUUUUUAAACACAAUUAAAUAAAUGGCACUAAAA